GCUAAGCUUACACCCACUGCUCCCUCGAUCCCCUGAGUCCUCUCUCCUCUCUCAUUCUCUCCCAAAUACAAACAAUGGCGUCUUUGUUCACUCUUCUCUUCUUUGCUUUAGUGCCAUCGUUCUUUGCAACUGUGGAUGCUAGAAUCGCUGGGGUUUAUACUGGUAGCCCGUGGCAGAGCGCCCAUGCUACUUUCUACGGCGGCAGUGACGCCUCUGGAACCAUGGGUGGUGCUUGUGGGUAUGGUAAUCUGUACAGCCAAGGUUACGGCGUGAACACGGCGGCGCUGAGCACGGCUCUUUUCAACGAUGGUCUCAGUUGCGGCGCAUGCUUCGAGAUUAAGUGCACAGAUGACCCCAGAUGGUGCCUCCCAGGCAACCCCUCCAUCUUCAUUACGGGUACCAAUUUCUGCCCCCCUAACUACGCUCUCCCCAGUGACAAUGGCGGCUGGUGCAACCCUCCCCGCCCCCACUUCGACCUCGCCAUGCCCAUGUUCCUCAAGAUCGCCGAGUACCGCGCCGGAAUUGUCCCCGUUUCUUACCGCCGGGUACCGUGCAGGAAGCUGGGCGGGAUCAGAUUCACCGUCAACGGUUUCCGUUACUUCAACUUGGUUCUGGUCACCAACGUCGGCGGUGCUGGUGAUAUCCUGCGCGUGAGCAUAAAGGGCACCAACACGGCUUGGCUGAGCAUGAACCGCAACUGGGGACAAAACUGGCAGUCCAACGCCGUCUUGGUGGGCCAAGCCCUCUCAUUUAGGGUCACCGGCAGCGACCGACGCACCUCCACCUCCAUGAACGUAGCACCCGCUAAUUGGCAGUUCGGUCAAACCUUCACCGGAAAGAAUUUCCGCGUCUGAGUCUGUUGAAUUGAACUUCCCUUCUUUACAACCCCUUUUUUUCUUCCACGUUUGUGUCUCCCGCCCUUCUUUUUUUCCAUUAUUUUCCCGGCAAAAUUCGGAGUGGUGGGGGUAAAGUAAAAGUAAGAGUGGGUAAAACAAAUGGUACUAGGUAGGAAAGUAACCACAAGUCGAAAGUGUGUGCCUUAACAUUUAUAUAUAUUUAUUUUUCUCUUUUUUUUGGUAGAAUAUUUAUUUUUCUGUUUAUCUGUUUGUCUUUCGGAACUUCAUAUAUAAAUUAUAUAUUGCUGGUAAUUAAUGGUGAAUCCAGCUAUGGUAAACUUGUAUUGUAAGAGCUGAAGUGGCUGCAGAGGCAACAAACAUGUAGCCCUCACCUCUUGAUCAUAUGAUAUUCCCCCAUUAAUAUAUAUAAUUGUCAUCUUUAUUGCUCCAUAUUUUCAAUUU